AUCCCGGGUAAACGGCGUCACAGCCGCGAUGUGUCAUUUCGACGGAUAAAUUACCGCUCGUCAAAGCCGUCCCGUCUCCUCUGCUGUUCCAGAGCCAGGAUGUCUGCGGACGGCCGUUAGCUAGUUAAAUCCCCGUGUAUUGUACACCUCUUCUUUAACACUUCACUCGCUCGGUUUCUAAUUAGGACGAGGAUGAUAUUUCCAGCGGGCAACAUGUCCCUCAUCGCGUCGGCUCUGGCGCUGCUCACCGUCGUCCUCUGCACUUCUCAGGUCAGUGGGAACGAGGACUGUCUGUGGUACGUGGACAAAAAUGGCACCUGGCACAAUGGCUUUGACUGCCCUCUCAUCACGUUCUGCUGUGGGAACUGCCACCGACGCUACUGCUGCCUGGACGCCUUCAAGAUGAUCACAGAGAGGGAGCAGAAGCGCUGCAUGCUCUUCCAGUUCAGCCCCACCACUUUAGCCGGCAUCGCCUCCUCCAUCCUGCUGUUUGUGGCCAUCAUUGCGACCAUGGUGUGCUGCUUCAUGUGCUCCUGCUGUUACCUCUACCAGAGGAGGCAGCAGAGGGGCAGGACACCUUAUGAUGCCCAGCAGAUCCCCAUGGCCAGCUAUCCAGUGGAGCCCAUGUAUGACGCCUAUGGAAAACCACUGGGAACCUCUGACUAUCCACAAGCAGGUUAUCCAAUGGCACCCCAGUACCCUGGAAUGCCUCCACAGUACCCUAUGAUGCAGCCUGGACCUUAUCCACCACACCUGAUGGACCCUGCAUACAACCAGGCCCCUCCACCUUACUCUCCACCUCAGUAUCCUGGACAUUGAUGAGCUCGUCUGCACGCACACAUACACACAGAGGGAAACAACAGCAACUGAGAGCAAAGACUGUUUCAAAAGGAGAAGGCAGCAACACUCUCACACUCAAACACACACACACACACACACACACACUCACACAAACACUCAAAUGCUACAACUCGACUAGCAGUGGUUUGUCUGUGAAAGAGAACAGGAGGCACUUUAAGGGUUGUUUUUUUCUUUCUUUGUUUAUUUACAAUGUUGUCCUACUUUUCCCAGAGUAUUUACGUAAGUCAAAUUCUGUUCUGCAACCUGACGCCUCGACACUCCCGGCGGGUUUCACAGAGGCCGUCACACCAUCCCCAAAGUGAGGAGGUAUCCGGCUGGCGUCUCAACUCUGUGCUGCCACUUGUGCUCUGACACACUCACCUCAAUGACAGGGUGUGACCUAAAGAUGGCAAAGAGGGGGAUAGGAGGGAUUUACAAAUAUGAUAAUGCACUCCCUCGUUAGUGAUCAAAGGGAAAAUGCUUUACUUCCUCACUUUUGUUAAAUUUGUAAUAAAUUGAAGUGAAUUUGAAACUGCCUACGGCUACAUUCCAGGUCACACAUUCUCCACACGAUCCAAAUAUGAUUACAUGAUGUCUUUAUUUCUGUAUUUGAUGUUUUUUUCCUGUAAUAUUUUAGAGGCUAAAGUGAAAAACAAACUGCAUGUUUGAUUAAAAAGAUGACAUGUUUGGCUCAAAGGCAGCGUGAUGCUGUCUUAAAUUGGCAGGCGAAGGAUUUCAUGGUACUCCUAAUUCUGUGUGAGAUGCCUUUAGUCACCCGUUAGUUUAAACUCUGUCUCUUCUUUUCUGUAUCUAACUCGACUAAUUUACUUAAUGGUAGUAUAUUAUCUGCACCAUUCUAAUGUAACAUCUCGACAUCAGCAUGCUACUCCAGUCAAAGCUAUCUGUCCUCUCAUGCUUCUUUUCUGGUUUUAAAUGAAUUAGAGGUCUUUAGAUUAAUCCCAUAAUGCCACGUAGGAUGUUUUCCAGUGAAAUUCAUGUUAAAUGUUUAUUUCUUGUAACAUAUCAGGUCAGGGGAGUUGCAGAUCUUGCUGCUUUGGUUAAAACAAAAAAUGUCCCGCCUUACAAUAAUUAAACAUGACGACAAAAAAAAAAGAGAUUAACUAUUUAAAUACAUAUUUUGUAAAUCUGUUCUUCAGCUGAAUAUUUUAUGAUAUUGUAACAAGUUAUUUUAAACAUAAUGUAUUGUUAUUGUAACAUAAGAUAUGACGUUUUAGCAUUUCUGGCAUCUUUCCAUUUGGUAUUUGUCAUUAUCGAAGUUACCUCUUACUGUGAAUGGGUUCUCACCUUGUGGACUAGCUACGAAGCCAAAAAUCACUACUGUUGAAAAAGUAGAUUCUUUUUACCACCUCUCUUUAAAUUCGUGGUUUGACAUUUUGGGAAGUAUGCUUUCUUGGCUUAGAGUUAAGGAUCAAUACCAAUAUCAUGUCUCUAUGGUAAAUAAGCAGAGGUGCAUUUAGGUGAGGCAAAUGAUUGGCAAAAAAAAAUGGGAAAAUGGGCCCCCAAUGGCCACUCUCAUUUGCACAUUUCGCAUUGACAACUAUAAACCCCCUUAAAUCACCCAUAAGACACUAUAGACCGAAUCACAAUGUUUAAUUUCAAGAACUAAAAUCCUCAUGUCAUGUACAUAAAAUCCAACAGCACUGAGAAAACGCUGACUCAAUUAGUUAGCCAUCCAUUAAUUGGCCAACUACAAAAAGGCCCAAAAAAAAUCAGUAUCAGUUUAAGUGUAUGCUAUAUUUAGAAUGUUUUCACGCUUCACCUUGCCAACAGCCUGUUCUAACAGGGAAGUGAAGCCAUUUAGCAGAACACUGAGUUGCUGGACUACUGAGGCCUCUGUUGGUUAGUGUGUAAGGUAAAGCUUAGCAAAAAUUCAAAUAUAGUGUAUACUUACAGAGAUAAUGUGUAUUUUAGGUGGCUAAAUACUGCUAAACAUCUUUAAACCAGGGUGUCUACAGGUCCCAAUGUUAUAACAAUAAGGCCUUCAAAGUCAUUAAAUAGUCUUAAAUUUUAAUUUGUGAGGUCUUAACUACAACAGCCAUUCUAUCUAAUUUCAUUUAUCCAUGUUUAAAUUUAUUUUUGUGAAAAUAAGUGAAGCCUUUCUAUGUAAAAGUCAACAUUUCUAAUGUUACAAAUAUCUAAAACAACAAUACUACUCUUUACUGUCUUUUUAGACUUGCACUUACCUGUUGGCAAAAUGUAGACUGACUUAAUUCACUCUAAUAACCAGACACCCUGUAAACGUUGCAGUUACAACUGAAAAUGACUGAAAAUUUCCACAAUUUAAAACAACUGCAAGUUAUCUUGUGUGACGUCACUGCGAUUCGGUCUAUAAAGUCCACUGCCACUGCCUAAAAACCCUCCUUAGUGGGGCCCCCUCUUGCUACCUUAUGAGAGCUGGUUGUUCCAAUACUAUGAUGCUUGUGUGAAUGGUGUUAUUUAUAUAUUUAUUUAACAAAUGAUAAUGACAUUUGAUGAAGCACAACUGAGUGAAUGCAUUUUUUGACUGAAAUGACUGCAUUUUUAUGGGGGCCUAGGGGGGCUGGGCCUCCAUGGGCUUCUUCACCUGGGGCCCCUCCAGAGUCUAAAAUCUAAGAUCGCCACUGUAAAUAUGUAGCUAGCUAGCUGCUAGCUGGAGGCAGCAGUGGGUUAGUUUAGCGUAGCAACUAGCUAAAAUAGACCGGAAAUGGGGGAAAUGGCUAGCCUGGCUCUGUACUUAGCUAACAAAACAUGACUACUGGCUACUCUAAAGCUCACUAAUUAUCGUCUUAUCUGUGGGCAAAGCGUAAAUUUACCCCCUUUUUUUCAAUUUCUAUAUAUAUUUUAAUUUGCCAUUUAAUAGGUGGGUAUGUGGCGGGGAGGACUAUUUGCUGGAAGCGGUUGCCAGGCAACAGAAGUCCGGCGGCACAUGAAGUCAUACAAAAUGGCGACUUCUUGUACUUACAUUUUCAUAAAUCUGUGUUAAUUAACGGGGGAAACGGCUAACCUGGCUCUGUACUUAGCUAAAAAAAAACCAGGACUACCAGCCACUUUAAAGCUCACUAAUUAACGCCGUAUCUAUUGGCGAAACUCAGAUUUACCGUUUUUAAAUGUAUAUAUAUUUAAUUUGCCAUUAAUGGGAAGCUAUGCGGCGGGGGAAGGCUAAUUGCUGGUAGCGGUUGCUAGGCAACAGACUUCUGGAAUAGUUACCAUUACUUUAGUCCGACGGCACAUGAUAUGAGGUUUAUUUUAUGUCACAGCUUGACAAAGCUAGGCUACCUGUUUCCCUCUGUUUACAGUCUUUGUGCUUAGCUAAGCUAACCGGCUGCAGCUAAACCAUCAUUAGCAUUAUCCAAGAAAAGCACGUGGAGAAGGGCAGAAACCUUAACUGUAACCGAGACAUAGCUUUCUGGCAGAAAGCCCUCUAGGCAAACCUCUCCUAACAGCACAAGAAAGCAGGAAACGUAAGUGUAUUUCCCAAAUGUCAAACUGUUUUAAUUCACAAUUUGGGCUCCAGUGAGGUCAGGGUCUGUAACGUUAAACUGAAAUUCUUCUAUUUAUCAUCUUUGACAGGCAAUAACAGCCCUGUGUCCUGUGUAAGAUGUGCGAACUGUAAAACAUGACAUUUCGAGCAUGUGUUGUACAGUCAGCUGUCUGACAACUAGAUUAUAAAUAACUCUUUGAGUGUGAUGUAUCUCAACCUCAAAGUGAAAUGAGACAGUAUAAAACACUGUUAUGCUGAUCAGAGAGGCCUGGGCAAACUUCUUGAGACUUAAUGCUGUAUUUGUUUCUGCAGAAGUUCACAGCAUAAUUAGUUUCCUCCGAUGGCGACGUCCAUAUGUACAGAUUUGUCGAGCCUUUGUAAAGCACAAAGAGAACACCUUUGAAAGACUUUUCUUUGUAAGAUGCUUUCAUAUGUAGUUUGACAUAACAUUUGCUCAAUGAUGUUUCUGUUUAUUUGUGCUUCUAAACCAACUCCAUGAGUGUGUUCAAUGAAAUGACAUCAGUCGGCAAAAAUAACUUCUGGAUAUGGCUUUUUUGUCUGUUGUCAUAUGGAUGGUAUGACAUUGUAAUAUAAAGUGAGUGAAAAGUUUUUAUUUCUAUUAACAUAAAAUUUAACUUUGGAAUGUAAAAAUGCA